GAUUGAGAAAGCGGCUUCCAGCAUUCAACUGCCAUGCGGAGGACCAAUGUCAAACUGUGUGGACUUUGGGUUAUUAUAGACUAAUUUUCACCUUCAAUUGUUGAAAAUCUAUGCACCCUAGAUUUUCAAUUCAGUGGGGGUGCUGAUACCAUAUCAAAAACCCAAACAACUUACUUAAAAGCCUGCUGUGAGUAAAUUAAUGAAGUGGAAGAACUUUGCAUCCCAUGUCAUAGGUAUCUAUCCCUUUGACGUUUCUUCUGCUUUUCUUGUAAAUUAACCGUCACUCCGUUUUCAAGACCAAACAACUUCUCAUUUUUCAAAUGUUGUCUUGUCAUCUUUGGCUAAUUGGCUUAUGGCUGCUUUGCAAGGUAUUCAAGAAUUCCAAACCAGCUCCAGCUACCUUCACAGGUCCUCAUGUGAGACCAAAUCCAGCAACAAGGCCACCACCACCACAGCCAGCACCAGCAAGUGCCACAAAUGAAGCAUCAACCUCAACUGCUGCAAGUGUCACGAGUGUCAGAGGUACUAAAAGGAAAAGAGAUGGUGCAGUUUCUACAACUACAACUGCACAUGAGCAAGCUUCAGUUUCUGUAACUACAAUAACUAGAGGUGGAAGAGGAAGUAGGGGAGAAAGAGGUUGUAGAGGAGGAAGGGGAAGUAGAGGUGGAAGAACAACUACACCUGCAACUACAACUGAAAAUCAAAAUGAAGUAACUACACCUGUCACUACCUCUACUGCCACUACAAGUGUUGUUUUUGGUAGAAAAACCUCCACUGAGGUGCCUACAAGUAGCAGAGGAAGGACUUUAAGGGGAAGAGGUGCAAGGGGAUAUGCAAGGGGAAAAACAGUGCAUAAACGUGGAGGUCAGAUUGUGGGAGUUGGUAUCAUGAUGCCUGAGCAGCCUAGACUAGUUAGAGAGCCAACUAGAAGUGCACAAUCUCAGGUACUAAAUCCAACCGGAAGAGGUGUUGGUGGUGUUCAGAGAGGAUGUGUUGGUUCUCGGGGAGGAGGUGUUAGUGCUCGGAGAGGUAGAGCUUUCUUGAGAGGUGGUGUUGUAUUUUCGACGAGUGGAAGGGGAAACAUGCAUAGAAUUAUGGAUUGGCUAGGCACACCUGAGCAGUGGGAAAAUGAUGAAUGACGGUGGAUCGUGUAUGUUCCAAAUUUGAAAUAAUCUUAUUUUGUAAACUUUGCAAAAGUUUAACUGCAGAAAUCACAGACUUGUUUUGAAUGCAGAAAUCACAGACUUGAUUU